UUGUGUGUUUGUGUUUUUGUGUUUUGUUGGGGUUUGGUUGUGUGGGGUUGUUGGUGUGGGUGUGGGUGUGGGUAUGGGUGUGGGUUGGGUGUGGAUGUGGGUGGGUGUGCGUGUGGGUGUGGGUGUUUCCGUGUGAGUGUCUGUGGGUGUGAGUAAAUAUAAUUUCUCCCAAUUAGUCUACACCCACACCCACACACCCACACCCAACACAUCACCCACACCCACACCCACACCCACAACCGCAACCACAACCACACCCACACCCACACCCUUGAUAGGUUUUCUUCAAAAAUAUCUGUGACUCCAACAAAAUAACAGCAUAUUUAAACAUGCAGACUCUUUCUGAAAAAUUGUUUCUUUAUUCCGAACGCCCAGUGCCAGGUAAUGGAGUCGAUGAAACUGAAUUAAUCUGGGCACACAGAGUGAGCGACAUCGACAAGAAAUGAGACUUUUCUCUGGUCGUUCUCUAUGUAUAACUCCCAAUAAGACAACUUCAAUCUCUUAGAUCAAUUGGAUAAACUCACUGUUUUUUUUUCUUCCAGAAAAAAAUAAUAUCGUUUCGUAUUCUGUUAUAUAAAUACUACGAUUGAGUCAAUAAAAGUAUGCCAACAGUUAUUCGAGGUAUUCAACCAGAUUUUCGAAAAAUUGAUUUUACUUCAUGAGACAAACACAAAGGAAUUACUAUAGCAAUUCAUGAAUAAAAUACCUUAUAAUUAUAUAUGCUAAACAUUCAACAAAAAUACUAUCAUUUAUUAAAUGUUCAAUAAUAUUCCAUAUAUACCUGUACAAAUCAUUAUUUUUUUUAGUACAAUACCGCGAUAUUGAUAAUGCCAUUCGUAUAUUCUCUGCAACAACAAACAAAUCCAGUUAUAUGUGUACAGCUAUGUUCAAAGGUUUAAUCAAUAAUAAUAUACCAGAGAAAGUAUUUGAUCUAUUAGAAGAAAUGAAACUUAAGCCUGACAAUUACAAUCUCACAGUUUUAUUUAAUGCAUGUGCUCAACUUGCCAAUGAUCGAGCGAUGAAGAUCGGAAGAAAACUUCUUCAUGAAAUGCCUGUUAUUUAUCGAAAUGAUACUUUCUUAUUAAAUUCGGCAAUGCAUAUGUUAAUGAAAUUUGGUGAUAUUCAAAGUGCUGAACGUAUUUUUAAUUUAAUCAAGAAGAAAGAUAUUAUUACUUACGGUGCUAUGAUGAAAGGAUAUGUUGAUAAUGAAAUGUCUCAAAAAGCGUUGGAUUUAUUUGAACAGAUGCACUUAAAUUUAAAUAAUGUAACUUAUAGUAUUGUUUUUAAUGCAUGUGCUCAACUUGUCAAUGAUCGAGCAAUGAAGAUUGGAAGAAAACUUUUUGAUGAAAUACCUGUUAUUUAUCGAAAUAAUAAUAUUAUAUUAACCUCAGCAAUACAUAUGCUAAUGAAAUUUGGUGAUGUUCAAAGUGCUGAACGUAUUUUUAAUUCAAUCAAGAAGAAAGAUAUUAUUACUUACAAUGCUAUCAUGAAAGGGUAUAUUGACAAUCAAAUGUCUGAAGAAGCAUUGGAUUUAUUUGAACAGAUGCACUUAAAUUUAAAUAAUAUAACUUAUUCUAUUGUUUUUAAUGCAUGUGCUCAACUUGCUAAUGAUCGAGCGAUGAAAAUUGGAAAACAACUUUUAGAUGAAAUGCCUAAUAAUUAUCGAAAUGAUAAUACUGUAUUAAAUUCAGCAAUACAUAUGUUAAUGAAGUUUGGUGAUGUUCAAGGUGCUGAACGUAUUUUUAAUUUAAUCAAGAAGAAAGAUAUUAUUACUUACGGUGCUAUGAUGAAAGUUUUUAAUGCAUGUGCUCAACUUGCCAAUGAUCGAGCAAUGAAGACUGGAAGAAAACUUUUUGAUGAAAUACCUGUUAUUUAUCGAAAUAAUAAUAUUAUAUUAACCUCAGCAAUACAUAUGCUAAUGAAAUUUGGUGAUGUUCAAAGUGCUGAACGUAUUUUUAAUUCAAUCGAGAAGAAAGAUAUUAUUACUUAUAAUGCUCUAAUGAAUGGUUACAACAUCAAUGGAAAGUCAUGGAAAUGUUUUAAGGUUUUGAAAAAAAUGAAACAACAAGGUAUUAUUCUGAAUGAAAACGUAUGGACUAUACUUAUUGGUGCAUGUUCAAAAAUUGGUAUGAUUCGACAAUCUCAAUACAUUAUUGAUCAAAUUCCUUUGCAUAUUCAAAAUCAAAAACAAAUACAUAACUCAUUGAUUCAUAUGUGGAGCAAAUGUGGUUCUGUUGAAAAAGCACAAAAUGUAUAUAAAUCAGUUCACGAUCGUGAUACAGUGACAUACAAUGCAAUGAUUAAUGGAUUUGGACUUAAUGGAAUGGGUUCUGAAGCUAUUGAAUUAUAUAGACAGAUGCCGAAUCAGCUACGUGAUGAAAUUUCACAUAUUUGUGUAUUAAAUGCAUGUUCUCAUUCGGGUCUUCUUCAUCAAGCUCAUAAUAUCUUCAAUGAAAUUCCUUUCAAAACAGCAAAAAUAUACACUGUUAUGAUUGAUUGUUUAAGUCGUUUGUUUUUAUUUGAUGAAGCACAAAAAUUGAUAGAUGAAUAUGAAAAAACCAAUUCGGCAAGUUUUGUCAUGUAUAUGUGUCUAUUAUCUGGUGCACGUAAUAAUCGUAAUAGCAAUUUAUCUGAAAAAGUAUAUAAUCAAAUGAAAUCUUUGUUUCCUGAUCAAAAACAAGGUCUUUUGUCAGGUGCAAUUCUCCUUUCGAACAUAUACUCAUCUGUUGGUGAAGAUCAACUAUCAAAAGAAUUUCGAUCUAAUCAAAUAAAAGAAUUAGAAACGAAAAUCAAACUAGGAUUAUCAUUCACUGAUGCAAAUGGUGAAAUAGUGACAUUCUUAGCUCAUGAUCAUUCUCAUCCUCGAUCAACAGAAAUUCAUGCUGAAGUAAUUCUUUUGAUGUCUGAAGUGAUGAAACUUGGCUAUAAGUGUGAUUCGUCUUGGAUAACUCGUGAAUUACAGGAAGAAGAAACUAUUCAAUCAGUUUUAUGUGGCCAUAGUGAAAGAUUGGCAAUAGCCUUCAAUUUUAUUCAACGACCUGUUCCAGACUUUAUUCAAGUCACAAAAAAUCUUCGUGUUUGUGGCGAUUGUCAUGAAUUUACAAAACUUGUAGCUAAAGCUCGACAGCGUGAUAUUAUUGUUCGUGAUGCUAAUCGCAUUCAUCAUUUCUAUAGAAAUGGACAAUGUUCUUGCCAAGAUCAUUUUUGA